AUGGUAGCAACGAGAAUUGAUUCGAGACUAGAAAAUAUGGAAAAAGAAGUGACGAAAUUGGGGGUUGACAUGGGAACAAUUCGUGAGUGCAUGGUGGAGAUACAAAGUUGGAUGAGAAGAAAAGAUGAAGAGGAAGCUGGGCGAGGAGAACCAUCAUCAUCCAGGAACAUGAGAAUUAAUGGUUCUGAUGGUGUUGAGGUAGUUGCCUCUGGAGACCUGCAAUGGGAUGCACUACUGAAAGUUAAUUUUGAAGCUGUUCCUAUGAGUAUACCCAUAAUUGCACUUUCAUUUGUUUACCAGAACGUUGUACCUGUCCUUUGUACAAAUCUUGAAGGAGACCUGUCAAAAGUAAGGACUGCAAUUGUAUUAGGCACAGCUAUACACCUUGGUUUAUUUCUUGUCUGGAAUGCUGCUAUUCUAUGAUCUAUUACAGGUCUUGAGACGGCCUUGGGCAAGGUCAUUGACCCAUUACAACAAUUGCGAUCCUCCAAUGGAAUUGUUGGAACUAUAGUUGAGGUUUUUUCGGUUCUUGCAAUUGCAACAUCUUACAUUGGAUUUGUUCUGGGCCUGGCUGACUUCCUUGCUGACUUGCUCAAACUCCCAAAUGGUCAGAGCAGUCCUGAACCCUACUUGUUGACUUUGAUUCCGCCACUGAUUCUAUCAUUACUAGAUCCAGAAAUAUUUUUCAAAGCGUUGGAUUUUGCGGGAACAUAUGGAGUGUUGGUGUUAUUUGGAAUUCUUCCUGCUGCAAUGUCUUGGUCGGAUAGGUAUUCCAGUCUUAUAAUGGGAGGUGCAGGAUGUGUCAUUCUUUCUGAACUAUUUGAGAAAUUUGGGAACUCAUCAAUGCCAUAG